GAAUUACGGUGAUUGAUUAUAAAUUUUUAUUUACCAAAGUUACUACCUAGGCAGUAGCCCCUAAUGAUUUGGGUAGGUUGACUUCAAGUUAUAGUUGAGUAGAACCAGCUGAAGUUCUUUCAUUACACUCAUUUUUCGUCUCUUUGCUCUCACUCCUUCUCUCUCGCUUGAUUUCUCAAUCGCCAUUUUCAGCUCAACCUGCAGAAUCUUACGACAAACAAGACCCACUAUUUCUUUAAUUUUCCAAUUUUCCUUUAUUAUUUCAUUAAUUAUUGCUACAAUUUACAAUCUAGGGUUUUUUUCUCUUAAAACCCUAGAUCUCAAUUUCACUCUUAUUCCAUCCCCCUUUUCAAGUUCUUCUUUAUAUUUCUGGCAUCCAAGACGUGAUGACCGGUGUUUUCUUGUAGUUUUAUGUUGAGAAAUGAGGUAAAGCUUCUCAAUUUCUACUAUAUUUAUUUAUUUAUUGUCUUUUUUGUUUUUCCUGUUGUAUUUGAUGUUCGGGCAAUUAAAUUCAUAGAAUCAGUGUUUUAUCAUUAGAUUAGAAAUUUAUUUGAAGUUUUUAUUUGAGAAAUUGGGUUUUUUUUAAGGCUUUUUGGGGAUGUCCUCAAAUACGAACAAUAAUCAAAAUAAGAAUAUUGGAAGUUCAAUGCCAAUGUCAUCCCCUUAUGGGAAUUCUGGAAUGGGAAACCCUAAUAAUUUACCCCCAAAUUUCAAUCCAUCAUCAUCUCAAACUCAAGGACAAAAUCUGCCCCAUCAAUUAGGGUAUGGGUUUCAGAGUCAGUUUCAACUAGCCCAAGCCCAAGCCUUGGCCCAAGCACAGUCAAAAGCUGCUGCUCAUGCUCAUCUUCUGCAAGCUCAAGGUUUGAGUCUUAAUCAGGCACAAGCCUUGGGGAUUGGUAAUUUAGGGGGUAGUUCAUCACCUUCGAUUUCGGGUGUAGGGAAUUUAGGUAUGAAGAGGGUCCCACAAAAACCGCCUGUUCAUCCCCCAGGACCAUCUGGGGGAAUGAACUUGAUGUCACCUAUGAAAAAUGCAAUGGAGCUUACUCCUGCGGCUAUGGCCCGAAGAAAGAAACAAAAAACUCAGGAGAAGCAUUUGAGUGGGAGGGUAGCUCCUAUAUUGCCGGAGUCUGCAUUGUAUACGCAACUUCUCGAGUUUGAGUCUCGUGUUGAUGCUGCAUUGAUGAGAAAGAAGAUUGAUAUUCAAGAGUCUUUGAAAAACCCUCCGUCUGUUCAGAAAACGCUUCGAAUUUAUGUGUUUAAUACCUUUGCAAAUCAGUCACAGUCUAUCCCGAAGAAGCCAAACGCUGAACCGCCCACUUGGACCUUGAAAAUAAUUGGGAGGAUUUUGGAAGAUGGAAUUGACCCUGAACAAGUUGCGGCAAUGAAACUGAAUCCAUUGCAUCCAAAGUUUUCGACUUUUUUUAAGAGGGUUACCAUCGGUUUGGAUCAGAGAUUGUACCCUGAAAACCAUUUAAUUGUUUGGGAGAAUUCUCGCUCUUCUGCUCCAACCGAGGGUUUUGAGGUGAAAAGGAAAGGAGACAAAGAGUUCACGGUGAACAUUCGGUUUGACAUGAACUAUAUACCCGAGAAAUUCAAGCUUUCCCAACCCUUAACAGAACUUCUUGGCAUAGAAGCCGAGACUCGCCCAAGAAUAAUAGCUGCUAUAUGGCAUUAUGUUAAGGCAAGGAAGUUACAGAACCAAAAUGAUCCAAGCUUUUUCAAUUGUGAUCCACAGCUUCAGAAGGUAUUUGGUGAAGAAAAGAUGAAAUUUACCAUGGUGUCACAAAAGAUUUCGCAGCAUUUGUCUCCUCCGCCACCGAUUCAGGUGGAACAUCACCUCAAGCUUUCUGGUAGUAGUCCUUCCGGAAAUGCUUGUUACGAUAUAUUAGUUGAUAUACCAUUUCCGAUACAGAGAGAGCUCUCGAUGCUGCUGGCAAACACCGAGAAAACGAAGGAGAUUGAAAUCUGUGAUGAAGCAAUUUGUGCUGCUAUAAGGAAAAUUCACGAACACCGCAAAAGGAGAGCGUUCUUUCUCGGUUUUAGUCAAUCCCCAUCUGAAUUCAUCAACGCGUUGAUAGAAUCUCAAAGCCGAGAUCUCAAGGUCGUUUCUGGGGAAGCUAGUCGCAGUGUAGAAAGAGAACGCCGAUCAGAUUUCUUCAACCAACCAUGGGUUGAGGAUGCUGUUAUUCGCUACUUAACCCGCAAGCCAGCCAAUGCGCCCGAUGGUCCUGGUAGCACAUAAACAAGGUAGUUGUGUGAUGGUUAGAUGUGUACUUUCAUUGGAAGUUUAGAGCUUAGUUUCAUGUUACUUAUUGUAUAACUUGUCUAAUUUAUCUUAGUUUUACUAUCAACUACUAUGAUCACUAUUUGUGUUUGUGCCCAUUUGGUGCAAAUAGAUAAUCCAGUUACUAGUUUGUAGAAAUUCUUGUUCUACACUGUCUCCUUUUUCCUCUUAUUUCUGUUGUUGCAGAGGAAUUUUGUCCAUUACUUAAUACUAUUGGAACUGUUACUAACAACAAUCAAAAAACCUGUCAAAAAAGUCAAAAUCUUUUGUUUGCUAUUACUAACAACGAACAUAAAAAAGACAAUGUUAUAACGUUUAAAAGGGACUUAAAAAACUAAGAAAUGUUAGUUCCACGCUAUCAAUAACGAACAAACAUGUUUUUUGUUCUUUUUAAAUGUUACGACAUUGUGUUUCUUUUGUUAGUUAUUACUAAUGGAUGUGAUGUUAGAGAUCUUUUAUGGUGAUUUUCUGUCCCAAAGUUAAGUAUCUUGUAGUUUAUGGAAGGUUCUAAAAUGCUGAUACUUUUUUCUUCUUUUAAUACAAAACACAAACUGUCUCGGUGUGGAUCUCUCUCCAAUACUUAUGUAGCAAAAGGAGUUAUCACUCUCAAUUUCUUAAAUCUCUUUUGACAUCAAUAUAGAUUGUAGAGGAAUAAGCGUCGUUUAGGAUGGACGUAACAUCCUUUGUAAGAUAUUCACAAUUUGAAUGACAAUGGAUUCUGGACGCAAUUUGGAUUCUUAAACACGGUCUGAAUCUGUGGACCUGUAUCUGAUUUCUUGAACACGGCCUGAAUUCGUGGACUAGUUGCCAAAACUCUUCACGAAAGCAAA